UGUGUUAAUAGAUAUACUUUUUAUAUAAAUUCUAUCUAAAUCGCUACACCAUAUUAUCAUAGGUACAUGAGAAUUAAAGUUUUGUAACAGAACCUUGUAAGAUGCCCAUCAAGAUUUCUAUCUUGAUUACAUUGCUAUUUUCUCCCAUGGUAUAUGGUGAUACACCUCCAUGCUCGGAAUACUUUACAUAUUCGGUCGAUCCUACGACAAACAAUAUAUCAGGACACAUUGCAAUUUCACCUCCAGCAGUGAACGAUGAAUUUUAUUUAAUGGUAUUCUUAGAGGCUAAUUUGACGGAUGGAUCGUUUCGAUUGGUGUUGGUACGAUCGAUACAAGAUUCCAUUCAAGCCAUCCAACAAGGCAGACCUUUGUUGUACCGUGUUAAUUUUCCUACCGAGGAAAAUUUUCCAAUAGUCUCAGCGAUAUGGUUCAAUAAUCAGAAAUAUUGUAUUGGUUCCGAAGCAUCUGGAAAUAGGACACAUAUUAUUGAGUUGGGACAUAUUGUGUUUCCACCAACGGAAGAGUCUAAUUUGCAAAAUUUUCAGCCGUGGCAUCGAAAUUCGAGCAGCUAUAGUACAUAUUAUAAGACUUCUUCUGAUUUUUAUAAUCAUCAACCCACUACUGCCGCUCCUUCUGAUAAAACUGUCCACAAUGAAGAACGCAUUAGCAGUAAUAGUACUAUUAACAACGAAUGCGGUGUCACCAGUUACUACACCGAUAGCACAAAUAAACUGUUGCCCGACUGUGACAGCACAUUACCAGGUCAAUGGCCGUGGGUGGUGGCAAUUUAUGUUCUAAAAUCAGAACAAACGAGCGAAUUUAGGUGUAGUGGUUCAGUUCUAACAACUAAACAUAUUAUAACAGUGGAGCCUUGCUUGAAAUUGAGACGUUACGGCCCCAACACUGUACAAGUUCUCAACGAUAUGUACGCAGCCUUUGGACAAUAUAACUUGCGUCAGUGGCAUGAGACGGGAACUCUAAAUCGCAAGAUCAAGGACUAUACUUAUACUAGUAUAUUUCGGGGAAUUCCCUCGACGUAUAGAGACAAGUACUAUCUCGGGAUUUUAACCGUCGAGACGCCCGUCGAAUACAGCCCGUUCAUCAAACCUAUUUGCUUAUGGGACAGAGCAGACGAUUUUGAAGACAUCUCUUUUCGGACAGGAUAUGUAGUGGGAUUUGACACGAAUGUAUCUGAAAACCAAACCACCAGGCUCGAAGAACUACGGAUGGCAAGGGUGAUGAUACUGGACAAAGAAUACUGUUCCGCGGAUAACCAGACUGACACAUCCAUUGACAAAUUCUGCGUCCAAUUGCAAAACGUAGGGCAAUCUUGCUACGCUGACAGCGGGAGCGGGCUGGUGCUCAAUGUAGGUGGACGUUAUCUGUUGCGCGGCGUUGUUCUGCGACAGAUGACAUCAACGAGUGUAUAUGUCACCGUUGAUAUAGCCAAACACCUACACUGGAUUCUGGAUACGAUUCAAAGGGAGCCUGUCCGCUACUAAUAGUAGAACAUGUAUUAGACAACAAGCUUUAACAUUAAUUUCACCACUUGCGAGAAAUGAAAAUUAAAUGUAUAAAUUUUACUUUCUUCUUACGGCAAUUUUUCUUAACAUAUUGCAUUACUUACAAUAAUAAAUAAAUUGUGUAAGUAGAUGUAAAUGUAAAUAUCUGUUAUUGUGAAUUUAUUAGCAAUAAAUGAUAAAUCAUGUUA